AUUGUGAAUCGUGCUGCAUUAUUGCCAUAUGAUUUUCUUUUACCAUAUCAUGCAGCCUCAGUGUGAGCCAAACCUGAUCAGCUAGAGAUCUGAUCUGUCAACUGAUUGCAGGGUGGCUAAAGACAGAAACGAUGUGUGGCGACUGAGUGGAGGGCAGUAGAUAUGGCACCCUCGGUGGUUCUGUCGGCUCUGAAAGCACACUGCUGAGGGUCCAGGCUGACAGGGCUGACCUAGUUUCUCAAACCACUUUGUUGGUAUUCAGGACAUCUUAUGGUGCGGUGGUUCCACUUGGCGGCAUGUGCAGCCGGGGGAAAGGAUGGUUUCAGUCACUCAGAAGAGCAGAAGCUGCAUGCUGCUGCUCCUCUCGCUCACCCCAUCAAUCUUCCCCUCUCUGCCCGUCGCCAUCCUCCCUGCUCUCACCAUCUCCGUCUGCCCCGUUCUUUCAUUAUCUGUCCCGACAGCUCCUGCUGGCAGCACAAACAUGUCAACCAUUUCUAAUGCUUCCACCACUCCUGCCGUCCUAAAGCUGAUCACCUCCACCGUCAACCUGACGUCUUUGUCAGGAGCCUCGAUUACACCUCCCUCAAAAUCCAUGUCAGCUACCUCUACGACGUCACUCUCCGACCAAACAUCCACAAGAGUCCUCCUCACAUCCUCACCCACAGCUAGGGGAGAACAAAUGACCCCUAAUAUCUCAAGAUAUCUACCUCACCCCUUCAAAUAUCCACCAUCAUCCCUUGGACCCCCUCUGCAUGAAAACCUUCUAUGCUAUUUGUCCAACAUGACUCCGUGUCCUUCCUCCAACUCAUCUUUACUUCUGAAAUCUUCCCCUCUUCCUCAAACUGCUUCACCCAAGCUUUCCUCUCCUGUUUCAAGCGCAACCUCCUCCACAACUUUCUUACCUUUAACCUCUCAAACAUCACCGGCUCUUCUUGUAAAAGCUUCACCCGUCCCUCUCCCUAAGACCUCGACAUCUCCUCCUGAAGCAGCAAACCCUCGUCAGCCCAGGACACUCCCGCCUCCCCCUCUUCCCCACACCACAAGUCCACUGUUCGAGCACCAACCUUUCAUUGUCACCUGGAACAUCCCCGACCUGGUGUGUAAGAGAUACAACAUCUCGCUGGACACCUCGCCCUUUAAAGGAGUGGCCACGCCUGCUAAGGUCCCGGGCCAGUUCCUGUCUCUGUUCUACACAGACCGACUGGGUCUUUACCCACACGUUGACCUCACUAGCAGGACACACUUCAAUGGUGGCAUCCCUCAGAGAGGUAACCUGAAAGCCAGUAUGAACAAGGCCAGAGCAGAUAUUAACUACUACAUCCCGUCAAAGACAAGCCGGGGCUUGGCUGUGAUAGACUGGGAGGAAUGGCGCCCCCUGUGGGACAGGAACUGGGGCACAAAGAGAAUCUAUCAGACUUUAUCUGUGGCCCAUGUUAUGCACACAAACCGCUCCCUCACAGUGCAGCAGGCCAUACAGAAAGCCAAACAACAGUUCCAGGAGGCGGCCAGGAGUUACAUGUCAGGGAUCUUGGCAGUCGGCAGAGCUAUGAGACCCAACUAUCUCUGGGGCUUCUACUUGUUUCCUAACUGCUAUAAUUAUGGCUGGGAGAGGCCACACUACACAGGCCGGUGCUCCAAGGAGGUGAGGAGGCAGAAUGAUGAGCUGCUCUGGCUGUGGGAGUCCAGCACUGCCCUCUUCCCCUCUGUCUACCUGCAGGUCUCGCUAGCAGACAAUCCCAGAGCCGCCAUGAUGGUGAGAAAUCGUGUGCAGGAAGCUUUGAGAGUAUCUGCCCUGCCCAGGCGGAGCGAUACCGCCGUUGCCGCACCCGUGUUUGCUUACACCCGACCCGUCUUUGUCGACCAGAACAGGCGCUUCCUCAGCCAGGGAGACUUGGUCAGCACCAUCGGCGAGAGUGCAGCAGCGGGAGCGUCGGGCGCUGUGCUGUGGGGGGCCAGUGCUGACUACGAUGACCAGACUUCUUGUGAAGCCCUCUCAUCCUACCUCUCCUCCACCCUCAACCCUUACAUCACCAAUGUCACCGCAGCCGCCCUGCUCUGCGGCAACUUCCUGUGUCGAGGGAAUGGCCGCUGUGUCAGAAAAAACUACAACUCCAAUCACUACCUCCACCUAAACCCGGAGAAUUUCAGGAUCCUGCAUGUUCAGAAGCGCCACCUUGUCCUCGGGAGACCCACCUUAGCGGACCUGAAAGCUCUGAGCCGGAGGUUUACCUGUCAGUGCUACAAAGGACUGAGCUGCUCUCCCAGGACCUACCGAGAGCUGGCCAAGGCCCUGAUGUUCAGUGUGAAGCAGGGGCUGUACCACAAGGCUAACGCUCUGAAUAAAGCCACGGUGGACCAUGCACUGCAAGACAGUAUCACAAAGGACAACGUUAAAAAGAGCUUGAAAGUUUAGCUUGUAAUCACAAUGCUACCUGGGGACGACCCGGUCCUGUCGCGAUCGAGUGCUGCACGCUUUGCAUGUUUAGUCCACAACAUGAUUUGCAUAUGUAGUGACUGAUGUUCAACGCCUGCAGGCUUUGCUCAACUGGAGCACAAAACCAGAAUGCUGUCACAACUCAUCCUUACCUUACCUGAAGCUAUUUGUUUAGUCAAGGAGUUCAACGGCCCUUUAAUGAUACUCUUGUUUUUGUCUUAGCUUUCUACUUAAGAGAUUUUCUGAAAGACUUCAGGGAUACCAUCAAACUUUUCAUCAUCAUUUCACCCUAUUGUUUUUUUUAUUUUUAUUUAUGUUAUUACCUCUCAUCACAAAUACAUUGUGUUCAUUAAAAUGUGUUAGUGACUGAUCAUCAGGAAGUUUUUAAAGGACACAUGGUUACGUAUUAGCAUGUCUACAGUCUUUGUAUGAGCAGGGAUUUGCUGAAUCUCAAAUCAGUCUUAAAAACAUGUACUGGAGUAGAUCACUGGUGACAAUACUAGUCCCAGUGGGUAUUUGUAUAUGAUUUGACUCUAUAUGUAAAUAAAUGAAAGAGACUGGGAGCAACAGUGUUGUUGGCUC